CAAAGACGUGAACACCGACGAUCGUCGGACAAUGACCAUCCUCGACUUGAAAAGGACUCUUCUCCUACAGAAAAAGUUUAAUGUGAAAGUUAGGAUAGAGGAUCCGGCGUACGCCGGGAAGUUUCGUUCGCGCAAUCCGACGGAGCUUCAUCUGGCGAAGGCGCUGGAGCUGUUUUUCGAGCGACACAACGCCGGGAUCUUGACAUCGCCGAUGCUCAAUGUAGCGAUCUGGAGAGACUCGAAGUGCUACAAUAUAUUUGACGGUCAGGCGCGACGAGAAAGCGGCGAGCUGGCGGCGGACAGGAUCAGCGGAUCGGCCACACUGUUUCUCAUGAAAGACUUGAUGGGGCUACUGUUUAUUAUUUUCGAGAAGAGUAAUGUACAAAACGAACCCUUCGUAAUUUAUCCCAUAUUCAUCAGUAACGUCGAGACGAUUUCUCCGGAAGAUUUCGAAGAAGUAAAGAUACUCGGCAAAACGCGAAGAAGACCGAGUGGUUAUAAAAUUUGCCAGAAACAUCGAGCCGUAUUACAUGGAUCUUGUCAUCUGAAGCAUCCCGCCGUACCGGAAGCUCUGCGAGGUAAAGGACACCUUAUUAUAGCUGUGGCAGCCUUGAUAUAUUCUCGACUGAUCAGUUCUAACAAGUGGACGUCCGCUUUGCUCGAUUUGAUCUUCAAUCAAUCUAACAUCUACCUGAUCGAUCUGAUCAGAGUUUUGGAAAAGAAGCUGGACGACGAAUUCGAACUUCACUUGGAUGAUUUGUUGAGCGAUGUUAUCCUCGGAGUGUAUUCUGCCAAGGUGAAGGUAGACGCGAAUAUCAUACUGAGUCAAGCCCAGAAAGGUAAAAUUACUAUUGACAGUGGCAUAAAAGAAUUCUUUGAGAAGCAGGAAAGUGGAAUACUUGAAAUCAAAAAGAUCUUCUAUGCGAUUUGGAAGGAUGAUAACGCGUACUACUUUCUUGAUCCGUUUGCUUGUGAUAACGAAGGUUUUAGAAUCGAUUAUAGUGACAGGAAACGCACAACAGGUGAUACUACCAGAGAUGCUGCUUGCGUGACCAUGAAUAGCACCAUAGCCGAGGUGGUGAAGACGGUGCUGGAGAAUACUGGCAAUGUGAAAACUGAUCCUUUCGUAAUACACGGAGUCAAGGUGCUCUAUGUCAAGACCGGAGUCACGCCAGAUAGUCCGCUCGAAAAAGUGAUUUAUCGAGAGAGUGGUACGAAUCGUAGACCACGGGCUCCGUCGCCACUGGCAUUGAUGGAUGCGAGGGCGGAAACCGUAAUUGACGUGACGCCACGCUUACAACUAGAUUCGCGUAAAUUCGCAGAUGUGUCUAUUCAAUAUCCAGAGAUUAUGCAAAAUGUAGAGCAAUACAUGAUGACGGUUGACGAACCGGUAACUUUAAUAGUUGCGAGAGAGGAAGAUGAGGAAACAAAGAAAAUAGAAGAUGAGGAUGUAGAUGAAGAAAGAGAAGAAAAAGAAGAUGUCGAAAAAGAAGAGGAUAUGGAUGAAGAAAUCGAAAAAGAAGAUGAUAUGGUUGAAGAGAAAGAAAAAAGAGAAGAAGGAGAAGAAGUACAAAAAGAAGAUACAGAAGAAGAGAAAUAUAAAAUAAAAUUUAUCAAAGGUUACGAAGUCAUAAAUGCUCAUCGUCUUCUCGUUCGCGGCAGCAAGAAUUGUAUGAACCCCAAUUACCAUCCGCGGUCACAAGGUAGACAAGGAUUAAUAAUCGCCUUGACUGCGUUGGCAUAUAGAAAAUUAAAGGAUCCAAGUAAAUGGCGAAAUAUAGAUGUAGAUCAAAUUCUUGAUAUUGGCACCGAUACUUACGAACAAAUUAUAACAUGGAUCAAACAAGGUCGACCGGAAAUAAAAGCAGCAAAGGAAUUGAGAGAGGAGGAAGAAGAGGAGGAGGAAGAUGAAGAGGCCGAAGAAGAGGAGGAGGAAGAGGAAGAGGAGGAGGAGGAAGAAGAGGAGGAAGAGGAGGAAGAAGAGGAAGAGGAGAAAGAAACCGUUACUCGAGAAAUUGCACGCGCUCCGAGUCAUUUAGAUAUCUCUCUCUUACCAACCAGGCUGAAACUAGCUGAGAACGACGUUUUUUUCAAAACAAAAAUAAAUGUUAUCGAUGGUGACGCAAAUCCUUUGGCUAAUCUUGCGGAGGCACUCGAGCGUUACUUCGAACGAUAUCCCGAAGUGAUAUUGGAAAACAAAAAACUCAUGUAUGCCAUUUGGAAGGAAGAUGAAAAAUUUUGUCUAUUUAAUCCGUAUGGUAGCGAUACAGAGGGAUGGCGUAUUUGGAAUUAUACAGCUGGUUUCAUCGUAAUGGACAGUCUCAACGAGCUGGUUAAUCUUCUUUAUGGUGUCUUAGAAUACAACGAUCCACGUUUCUUACUUCAUUUCGUAGCCCUAGACGCAAUACAACCUGGAAAAUACAAGUCACCCAUAGAAAUCGUGAUUCCGGACGAGCAGAUGACAGAAAAAUUUCAAACAAAAUUUCUACCUAUCACUGACGAUGAUUUAUUGAAGCUCGAAGAGAAAAAACCAGAUAUUGAAGCGAAAGAGCCGGUUGCUGAAGAGGAGGAAGAAGAAGAGGAAGAAGAAGAGGAAGAAGAGGAAGAAGAGGAGGAAGAAGAGGAAGAAGAGGAGGAGGAAGAGGAGGAGGAAGAGGAGGAAGAGGAAGAGGAGGAAGAGGAAGAGGAAGAAGAGGAAGAGAAAAAGAUUGAAACAAAAGAAGAGCCAGAAGAACAUCUUGAAGAUCCUGUACUGCCAAUUGAGGAAUCUGAGCAACCUGACGCACCUUAUCGUUUAAAUUUGGCUCUCUUGACCUCCACGGUAAAGAUCCAAGAUCCGACCGAAGAAGAGUUGAAUGACUUGGAUGAGGAGGUAAUAAUGGAAAAGAUGAAGUAUGAUCAUCCGCCGCCGUACGUGAUGCCGCCGAGAAGAGCGUUUCGUAUUUUGCUCGAAGCAAAAUUGGCAAAUAGGUCGAUCCCGUCUCUCGUCUCAAGAUUCUCGAUCGAUUCGAGACUGGAAAUCAAGAAGGGCGACGUCCCGGUGGAAUCUCCAUUACCCGCGAUCGUGCCGGUACUUCGAGACACGAAACCAUCAAAGAUGAUCAAGCUAUCUUUCGGGAAGUACUUGUACUCGAGAUUACCACCGAUCCGCAUAGUGCCUCUAAGAGCUAUCGACGAGAGUUAUAUCAAGGAGGAAGAAAUCGAUCAAGCGAUUGACGAGAAAUAUCUUGAACAAAAGAAGCUGGAAGGAAAGGAAGAAUACAAGACGUUAGAGAAAUUACCGAUGACAUCUUGUGCUACAAAAUCAGAAUUGAUACCACUUGGACCAGUAAUUAAAACUCCUGUUGCAAUAAAACGUCUGAUAUAUCCUAAUGAGCGGAAGCGAAAAAGGGUGGAAGAAACGCCAUCUAUUGUUAGAAAGGAUUUCUACGAUAAGGAAAAACUUCUCUUCAAGUUAAUAUUUCCGAAACUUUAUUCCGAUCUGCAGGUUAAUAUGUUGUUCAAUAAUUAAAAAAUAUAAUAAAAGUCUAUACGAUAUAAUACAA